CCGACGGCCGGAAACGCGAGGGAGCGUCUUGCCCUGGAUGCUGUACACAGUUCAGGUGUGGGGAUCCGUGUCUGAUCUCUCUCAGGUCGAAAAGGAGAGAGGCCUGCGGGCCGAGCUCAAGAGCCAUCAACCCAGAGCUGUCUUCUGCAGAGCCCAGCAUGGGUUUCCUGACCGCCGUUACGCAAGGCCUGGUGCGGGGAGCGGAUAGGAUGAGCAAGUGGACAAGCAAGCGGGGACCACGCACCUUCGUCAAGAGCCGGGGUGCCAAGAGAACCGGCAUCUAUACCUCUAAUGGAAAGUUUGUGCAGAUAAAGGAAAUGGUCCCAGAAUUUGUCGUCCCGGACUUGACUGGCUUCAAGCUCAAGCCUUAUGUUAAUUACCGAGCUCCUGCAGGCAUAGACACACCCCUGACCGCCAAAGAACUCUUCCUGCAAACAGCUGCACCUGCUAUUGAAAAAGACUUUAUAGAAGGGACUUUUGAUGCUGACAACUUGGAGAAAUAUGGCUUUGAGCCCACACAGGAAGGCAAGCUCUUCCAGUUGUAUCCUAAAAAUUUCCCACGCUAGAAAACAGUGACAGUGACCAAAAGUUUGCCUACAAAGUGGAGAUAAUGCAAGCCUUGGAUUCUGAGUGUCUCGAAGAGUAGGCGCUUCCUUGUGCAUUUCUAUUAAAGGCCUUUAGUAUCUCA